AUGAGUUUCAUUUGCUUCGACGAAAAAGGAUUCUUUGUUCAAGCCAAGGGCAAAUCCGUUGCUUUCAACCGCAACAAAGUUUACGAGUUAAUCGAGAAUCCACAAUUUCAAAAUACAGAGAAUCAUCAUACAAUCGUUGAUUUCCUUGGCAUUUUCGAUAUUGCUGGUGUUAAGCUUGCUGCUGUUUCAACAGCUGUCAGCAACGUCACAAGCUUUUGGGGCAUCAACAAAGUUGAUUCCUUUGAAGUUUAUCAAAUCACAACAGGACCAGUCAACCAAGAAGCCAUUAAUCUCCUCAAGAAAGGCCUCUCACUUAGCCCACUUUACUACAGUGAAACAGUUGAUCUUUCUCUCAACUUAAAGCUUCAAAAGCAAGAAGCAGCUUCUCGCCAGCAUUUCAUUUGGAAUGGCGUUGCCAUCAAGCAUUUCGUUGAGAGCACAAAGGUUGAAGGACUUUGCCAGCCAGUUAUUGCUGGUUUCAUUACAUCAUUCAAGGCAGAGAAAUUUGAAUUCGCUCUUAUCUCUCGCCGUGACGCCGCACGUGCUGGUACACGUUUCUGGAUGCGUGGUGCUGACGAAGAAGGCCAUGUAGCCAACUUUGUUGAAACAGAACAAGUUGUCAUCACAGAAAAGGAAACAUACUCAUUCGUCCAGAUCAGAGGCUCUGUUCCUCUCGAGUGGACACAAUAUCCUGACCUCAGCCGCCUUCCAAGGCUGAGAUUAGCAGAUCGCGAGCAUAAUCAUGAAAUUCUCGAUCGCCACUUCAAGACAAUUACCGACGAAUAUGGUAAAGUCAUUGCUGUUUGUCUUACAGACCACAAAGGCAAAGAACUCGAACUUACAGAGACAUUUAAUGAAUUUGGAAAACAAGCCGAGAACGUUCGCUUCGAAUACUUCGAUUUCCACAAGGAAUGCGCCAAGAUGAAGUACCAGAACAUCGACAAACUCGUCAAUACCAUCUCAGAAGACCUUGAUAACGAAGGAUGGACAGAACUCAACGGCGAGAAGGUCCAAAAUGGUGUUGUUCGUACAAACUGCGUCGAUUGCCUCGAUAGAACUAACGUUGUUCAGUCAGUUCUCGCAAGAAAGAUACUUGAUAAGCAAUUAGCAGCUUCUGAAGCUGUUUGCAACUACGAAUCGCUGUUUAGAAAUGCAUGGACAGAUAAUGCUGACUGCAUUUCCUUGCAGUACUCAGGAACUCCUGCUCUUAAGACAGAUUUCACAAGAACAGGCAAGAGAACAAUCAAUGGCUCACUAAAUGAUGGUGCAAACUCAAUAAAGAGAUACUACAUCAAUACAUGCACUGACGGAACAAGACAGGAUGCUUAUGAUGCAGUUACUCAAUCUGUUGAGAUCAAAUCGUUGGCAAAGGAGAAUUUCGUUGUUGCUUUACUCAUCGCAAUCUUCAUGUUAAUCCAGGCAAUCAUUAUCCUCAUCCAAAAAGGAAAGAAAUCUCCAGAUUUCAAGAAGAAGGUCCUCCAGGCAAGAAUGAGACUUGUCAACUCGCCGAGAUUCAGAGAGAUAAAGCCGGCAGAGAAAACUGUUGAACCAAAGAAAGAAUAA